GUCGCUUUUUUGAUGACGUAAUCAUCGCGCCGAACAACGACCAGGCUUCCCUCACAGCCAACGCUCGGACUGGAGCUUGGAUGGAUGUCAAAUAUGGAGCCUCGAUGACACAACAGUAGACGAAGCAAAAUACUCCCAUUGGGAGAAGACCGUGAAGGCAACUUAACCUCUCACACGCUCAUCGCCACACAACAACACAAACAUUCGAUCACUGGACACCGGAACCGUGCAUGACCCAUGGACGAAUUUCUCUACGCUUGCCAUGCAGCCGUCCAGACAAGUGCCGGCUUGCCGUCGGGCUGUCCGUUCCACGUGGUUCUGGGAAACGAGGCCUGCGACCUGGACUCCAUGGUGUCCUCAUUGGCGUACGCUUACUUCCUGUCCAAGGUGAGCCCAUGUCCCGUAGCGCCUCGCCUCGUCCAAUGUGCUGUGCAAGCGGCCACCUUUUCUGGGCAGACCUGUGGCAUCGAAGAGGCGUUCGUUGUGCCGCUGCUCAACAUCCAGCAGGAAGAGCUACCGCUCCGCUCCGACAACGUGUUCCUGCUGCGCCAGAUAGGCCUGUCUCCGGAUCUCCUGCUCUUCCGGGACCAGCUUGACUUGGUGGCGCUGCAGCGGUCGGAUCGCCUGCGCCUCACGCUCGUCGACCACAACGUCCUUCCCAGUUCAGAUGCCAGCCUUGAGGGGGCGGUGGUGGAGGUGAUCGACCAUCACAUGCUGGAGCGAGAGCCCAGCCCCUCGUAUCACGCUACCGUGGAGACUGUUGGCUCCUGCGCCACCCUGGUGACUGAGCGCCUCCUCCAGAAGGCACCACACAUCCUGGACCAGCAGCUGGCGCAGCUUCUCUAUGCGACCAUCCUGGCGGACUGCGUCAACAUGGCACCCGCAGCGGGGAAGGUGACGGCUAAAGAUAGCCUGUUCGCUACCGCCCUAGAAGCACGUUUCCCCUCCCUGCCACCGCGUGCCGCUCUUUUCCAGGCUCUGCACAAUGCCAAGUUUGAUGUGUCAGGCCUCAACACGGAACAGAUGUUGAUGAAGGACAUGAAGAUGCUCAAAGGAAGUUUGUCCAUGGCCAUCUCCGUACUCUACCUGCCCAUUGAGGUUCUCUCUCUCUCGCUCUCUCUCUCGUUCUCUCUCUCUCGUUCUCUCUCUCGUUCUCUCUCUCGUUCUCUCUCUCUCUCUCUCUCUCUCUCUCUCUCUCUCUCUCUCUCUCUCUCUCUCUCUCUCUCUCUCUCUCUCUCUCUCUCUCAGCCCUUUGUGUGUGUGUGUGUGUGUGUAACUCGAGGUCAGGAAAAUAUAAAUUGUGUGUUAAAGCUUACCGUUUUUUCCAUGUAUAAUGCGCAAAAUUUAACUAAUUGUCCUAAAAUCUGGGGUGCGCAUUAUACAUGGGUACAAAAAAAAAAAGUUUUGAUUUUUAUUUUAUUUUAUCUGGAUAUGAUACGGAGGCCGCCAUCACAGAUGCGCUUUCUUCUCUGCUGUUCACUUCAAACACGCUCCAUACGAACACAAUGCUCUCGUAUCAGACGCUUGCUCGAUCACCUGCUCGUUUGCUGUCACAAUGUACCCUACACAAAUCCGAAACAUUUCUUCGCUAUUAAGUUUGCUAGCGCAUGCGCAGGAUACUGACCAGCAGAAUAACAUCCGGUUGUUCCCAAAGUUGAUCUUUUUUCUGAAAUAAUUUUACGUUUACGGACUUAAGUAAGAGUCAAAAUUUGGGUGCGUAUUAUACAUGGGUACAGGCUUUUUUCCAGCAUCAAUAUGCCAUUUUUAGGGUGCGUAUUAUACAUGGGGGCGCAUUAUACAUGGAAAAAAACGGUACAUAUCACUAUAUAAAUUGUGUUAAAGCUUACAUAUCACUAUCAAUUUAUUAUGUAUAAAUUCUUCCAUUUUACGCA